UUUAAUAAAAGGGUUGCAGACGGCUGAUUGGACACUCAUUGAAGUGUAUUUUCUGACGGGUGAGAGGUGUGUCUGCAUUUAGUUAUUAGAUUGGAACAUUUGGGAUCGAUAGCGAUCGAUACAAGACAGAAAUGGAGAACUCCAUCGAAACCAUACCUGAACCCAAACCUGUUACUUAUCCACGUCAUGUCACAUUUGACGAUGCUCUCUCAAUGGCAAAGUUUGGCAAGUUCAACUACUUUAUUAUCAUCAUCUCCGGCACCAUACUGGCGGCCGUUUUGCUGGAAACGCUGGGAAUCAGUUACGUAAUUCCGGUGGCCGAGUGCGACCUGCUACUCACCACAAAAGAAAAAGGUGUCCUCAGUGCAGUAUCGUUUGCAGGGAUUAUCACUAGUUCCCAUUUGUGGGGCUUCCUCGCCGACACCCGGGGGAGAAAGAAAGUAAUCGUUCCAACGUUGUUCCUAACGUUCACGGCAACGGUUAUUUCCAGCUUUACCACACGCUUCUGGGUUAUCGCUCUGUUUCGAUUCUUGGCUGGAUUUUUCAUUUCUGGCUCGUCGGCGACGAUCUACGCUUAUCUGGGCGAGUUUCACAACAAACGAGAUGGAUCGCGAGCUAUCAUGGGUGCUUCGUUUGUGUUCGGAAUCGGGUGCCUGAUGCUUCCCGGCAUUGCCUUUCUCGUCAUAAAUCAAGAGUGGGAGUUUUCCAUUCCCUACGUAAACAUCGUGUACCGUCCGUGGAGACUGUUCUUGGCCGUUUGUGGACUGCCCAGUCUGCUGUGUGGACUGGCUUUACUCAAAGUCCCGGAAAGUCCCAAAUUCACCUUCAUUCAGGGGAAUGCCGAGAAGUCGAUAGAAACGAUCAAAUGGAUGCACAAGCUGAACACUCGGGGGAAGGAGUCUGCUCUGCAAAUCGCUUCGAUCCUCGAGGAGGCUGAUGUUCAACAGACGAAGAAACAUCGGGACGAAACCAGCCAUACGAAAGGCUUCGUGGCCUUGAUGAAGCUCAUCUGGAACCAGACGGCCCCGCUCUUCAUGAGACCCUAUCUGAACAAGACCACGAUCAUCUGCGUCCUGCAGUUCGGCAUCUACCUGUCGUCCAAUGGGAUGUACAUGUUCUUCCCGGACAUCCUGAACCGUGCUGCCGAAUUGCAGGAAACUGGUGUCAAUCGCACCACUCUGUGCAACGCUGUCUACGCUACCCGUAUCGAUAUUUCCGGGCUUAGUCACAACGCAACGGAAGUCAUCCCGGAAUGCAACCAGAAGCUGGACAUCAUUGCAUACGAGCAUUCCUUCAUCCUGGAGCUGAUGUACGCUCUGGGCUUUGCCGUAAUUGGAUUGAUCAUAAAUGCCGUUGGAAAGCUGCCCAUUUUGGUCUUUGUGUUCGUUUGUUGCGGUUUAUCGGGCGUGUUGAUUAUUUUUAUUGACAUACCGCUGCUCGCCAUGUGGCUGUAUCUAGUGCUGCUGACAUGUGGCUACUGUAUAAGCGUGGUGAAUGCCGUCACGGUGGAUUUAUUCCCCACAAAUCUAAGGGCAAUGGCAGUCUGCAUCUCGCUGAUGUUCGGCCGACUGGGCAGCGUGGUCGGAGCCAAUAUGGUGGGCAUUCUGCUCGAUACACAAUGCGAGCUGACGUUCUGGAUAUCAGGUGUUUCCCUGAUUGGAUGCGGCGUGCUGUCGUUCUUCAUUCCCAACAUUUACAAGCGCAAAACGGCGGCGGCGGAACCGAGGGUUAGCGUUUCGUCACGGCUGUGAAUGAUGACCGACCACACCGUUGCUGUUGUUCACUUAUUCAAGAAAACCUGAAACACUGAUUUUAUAGACUGAUAUGAUAUACCUGUUGUUGAUAGUGAACUGAAAUACGUUAUUGUUGUAUGAUUAUUCAAGCAUAAUAAAGAUUAUUAGCACUGGUUGUGUGAAAAAUAUGAAUGCCAAUCUGAAAAACA